UUCUAUACCUUACUAUGGCGUUCUAUGCCCUUCUCUUCACGUUCCUCCACCCCUCUUCUCCCCUUCUAUGCCUUCGCCUGCCGCCAGGGGAUCCCUGCCAAUGGGUCUGGCUGCCAGCCGUCCUCCCUGCCGGGCUACACGUGCUCCGUGCAGCUCAGCAAGAACGCCUACACCCUCCACUGGGCUGUGUAUAAAGACAGCACAGUCAGCAUGGCAGCGCAGGUCGCCACCACGGGCUUCGUAGGGAUCGGUUUCUCCAAGGACGGCAAGAUGACCAACUCGGGUCAGCCUCAAUAGACUUCGUGAAGGGCACAUCGACCGCGGCGGCGUAUAUCGCCGCCGGGGUCCUCCUCGCCCUCGCCUUCGCCCUGCUCAUGCCCCUCGCCAUCCUCCUUGCCCGCCUCCUCCUCGCCGACCGCCCCCACGGGGCCCUCCUCAACCUCAACAGCGGAAAGGACUUGCGGCCGCUGGGGUUUCAGCUGCACCGGG